GGCUUCCCGCCGUUAUUUGGGUCAGGGAAACGAAGAGAAUCGAAGACGACGAAGGCAGAGAAAGAUGUGCGGGAGAGCUCGUUGUACUCUAAGAUCCGACGACGCCGCUAGGGCUUGCCAUCGAGGCGGUUCCUCCGUCCGUACUGUUGACAUGGACCGGUAUCGCCCAGCAUAUAAUGUUUCACCGGGAAGGGAUUUACCGGUUGUUCGUAGAGACGAUGGUUCCAGUGACGAAGCUGUGGUUCUCCAGUGCAUGAAAUGGGGUUUGGUUCCUAGUUUUACUAAGAAAACUGAAAAGCCUGAUUUCUUCAAGAUGUUUAAUGCUAGAUCAGAGUCAAUGCGGGAAAAGGCUUCCUUUCGUCGUCUUGUUCCUAAAAAUCGAUGCCUUGUAGCCGUAGAAGGAUUCUAUGAGUGGAAAAAGGAUGGAUCUAAAAAGCAGCCCUACUAUGUUCAUUUUAGGGAUGGUAGGCCUCUCGUUUUUGCUGCUCUGUAUGAUUCUUGGGAGAACUCUGAAGGAGAAAAACUUUACACCUUUACCAUAAUAACAACUUCCUCAUCACCAACUUUGGAGUGGCUACACGACAGGAUGCCUGUUAUUCUGGGUGACAAGGAAUCAACUGAUCUAUGGCUAAACGGGCCGUCAACUUCCAAACUUGAUAUGGUCCUUAAACCAUAUACAGAUUCAGAUUUGGCCUGGUAUCCAGUGACUCCUGCAAUGGGUAAGACAUCUUUUGAUGGACCAGACUGCAUUAAAGAGAUACCACUUAAGGUGGAGAAUAAGACCACAAUAUCAAAUUUUUUCUCAACAAAGGAAAUUAAGAAAGAGCAAGAAGCAAAAAUAGUGGAAAGAAGCCCAAUAAAGGAAAUUAAAAGAGAGCAAGAGUUUAGCUUUAACAUGGAGGACGGAUCAAUGGAGGAAUGCAAGAAAGAGCAAGAAUCGAGCCCGAAGGGAAAUUAUUCUUGUGAUGGAUGUGGAUCUGUCGAGACGAAGCUGGACAAAAGUAUGAAAGAGGAACCCAAAACUGAAGUGGAUGAGGAAAAACUAGCCUUCACUGCAAAAGAAGAUCCCGACUCGAAUACUAGCGCUCACGAAGGGUCGAAGUGCCUAACUAAGCGGAACUAUGAGGAGCUUUUGGACAAAAGUAUGAAAGAGGAACCCAAAACUGAAGUGGAUGAGGAAAAACUAGCCUUCACUGCAAAAGAAGAUCCCGACUCGAAUACUAGUGCUCACGAAGGGUCGAAGUGCCUAACUAAGCGGAACGAUGAGGAGCUUUUGGACAAAAGUAUGAAAGAGGAACCCAAAACUGAAGUGGAUGAGGAAAAACUAGCCUUCACUGCAAAAGAAGAUCCCGACUCGAAUACUAGUGCUCACGAAGGGUCGAAGUGCCUAACUAAGCGGAACUAUGAGGAGCUUUCAACUGAUUCGAAGCUCGUGAAAGUUGACAUUAGUAAGCCAAGCACAAGCCCAGCAAGGAAGAAGGCAAGCAUUAAGAAUGCUGGUGAUAAACAGUCAACGCUGCAUUCAUUCUUCAAGAAGGCGAACACUUCAGAGUAAUAGUUCAUUCUCAGUUCUGCUACGUCUUGAUGGUGGUUUUUGUAGUACACGGGUUAAUAUGGAACUUGUAGCUUGCAAGUUUUCUUCUGAAAUCUUGACGGAUUUUGUCAGUGUGCAUAUUAGUGCACAGUUCACGGUUCUAGCAUACUUAAUCGACAAUUUUUCUGUAAGUUAGGCUUUUAGGCAUAUUUGUAUACAAUAUGUCGAUAUGGUGCUUUUUGCUAUUUGAGGCACUCUAUCCACGUUAACAGGUGUGUAAACUAAGCUUCCAUUAGAAUGGAUCGGUGCUUACAUUGAAACACAAUGGCAGGUUUUAUAUUGGAA